CGGCAGAGGAACGCUCGGGGCGGUCCCCUUUAACUCUGGGGUGACUCCGAAGCGGGUCCAUCGAGAAGGAAGACGUGCUGGAACCGCUCUCAGGGACGCGCCGUUUUCCUCCCGUUUCUUAGAUCCACCGGCGGGGUGGUUCUGUUCUUCCUGGUCUUGCCUGAUAAAUUUCCGAAACUCAGAGAAGCCAAGAACAAUUGGCAACUUGACACCACCAGACUUCUGAACAGCAACUAAUAUUGUUACCAUGGAAGUGUUGGUGAACAACUAUCGAGAAUUCAUGAAGGGAGCAGACCCUCGGAUUGCUUCAUAUCCACUUAUGGAUUCUCCUUGGCCUCUGAUGGGUAUCUUACUGGGUUAUGCCUAUUUUGUAUUAUCACUGGGGCCACGGCUCAUGGCCAACAGGAAACCUGUGAACCUUAAGAAGUUCAUGAUACUUUAUAAUUCUUUUUUGAUGGCACUAUCAAUUUAUAUUGUUUAUGAGUUUUUAAUGUCAGGCUGGCUAAAUGGUUAUACAUGGAGGUGUGACCCUGUUGAUACAUCCCAGGAUCCCAGGGCUCUUCGGAUGGUCCGUGUGGCAUGGAUCUUCAUUUUCUCUAAAGUCAUUGAGCUGAUGGAUACAGUGAUCUUUAUCCUAAGAAAAAAGAAUGAACAAGUGACCUUUCUGCAUGUUUUCCACCACUCAGUGCUACCCUGGAGCUGGUGGUGGGGUGUGAAAUUUGGUCCAGGAGGAAUGGGCUCCUUCCAUGCUAUGGUGAACUGUAUGGUACAUGUUGUGAUGUACUUCUAUUAUGCGCUCUCAGCUGCAGGACCUGCUUUCCAAAAGUACUUGUGGUGGAAGAAGUACAUCACUGCCAUUCAACUACUGCAGUUUGUGCUUGUCUCCAUCCACAUCUCCCAGUACUACUUCAUUCCUGACUGCAAAUAUCAGUUCCCAAUCUUCAUCCACCUCAUCUGGAUUUAUGGAGUUAUCUUCUUCCUUCUCUUCUCCAACUUCUGGUACCAGUCAUAUACCAAAGGCAAGCGUCUGCCCAAGUUCAUGACACAACCUCAGCAAAACGGCUUCCAUGAGAAUGGUGCCAUUGCUAAUGGCAAAGUCAAAGCCAACUAAGGGUAGGAUCAACUAGCUCCAUAUCUGGGCUUCUUAACCAGAUCAAGUGCCUACAGACUGUUAUCUUGCAGUUCCAAACCACCUUCCCAACUGCCCUGUUUCCCUCGUCUUGCUUUCAUCUUUCCCCAAGGGAGACAGGCUGCCUGGGCUGUCGGUGCUGAAUCCAGCCCAAGGCCUCCGAAGUGCCUAUGUCUGCCCUGGGCUGGGCUUCCUUCAGAGCUGGACCAAAGCAGAACCCUGACAGAUGGGACACAUUUAUCCACUUAAUUCUGUGUACCCAAUGUGAUCUAGGUGGGGAUUUUUGUUACUUUGCUUUCCCUAAGUUGGUGUUGUCAUUUGUGAAUUCUCUGUGUUCCGCCAUUCCUACUCCUUUCCUACUUGAAUGUAAGUCCCUUUUUGCUGGGGGUGGGAAAUAAUUCCUCCUGGAGAUAAACUGCUCCUGCUCUGCGUGCAGAUGGGGUACUACUAGGCAAGUCUUAUUGCCUUGGCUGUAUUCCUCUCUUGGCAUUGCUCCGCAGCUUUAGCUGCUUUGAUCCCAGGACCUUAGCAAUAACUCUGGACUUCAAUCUCCAUAUGGCUUGAUGACUGCAAGCUCUUAUUGCACUGAGGCCCAGGGAGAAGAAAUAGGACCCUAUUGUUCAGCUUGUAUGCCAUUGCUCUGUGUGCCUUUUAAAAUAUUAUUGAAUCUGCCCCAAAGAACAGAGGCUCCCCAUAAUCUAAAUUUUGGGGAGGACUUCUCAAGAGGAGGUAUAUCCCUCCUGACUUUUCCAUUUGUAUUCACAGAAAUAAAUGGAUAGAAAAAGAAUAGUCAUUCUGUUCUUGAUUUCAAGGCCUUGCUCAUUGUUGGUUGGGCCUGAUGUGCGAAAAGAACUUUAUUAUAAGUACUAUGUUAAUAUUGAUUUUCAGUUCCAGUGUCUACUGCUUCUUGCAAUGAAUUGCUCUCUUAGUUGAAGUUGGUUUACUAGAUGAGAGGAGCUGAAAAACUGAAAUCAAAAUCCUGUGAAGAGUGGCGGCUCUGUCCUGGCUCAUCCACAGUACAUGGUGUCAGGCAUCAGAUUAUUUCUGCUCAAGAACACGGGAAUUGCAAAUUCAAUUUUUCCUAGUUUUAUGGGUCUAUAGAAUACCUUCAACUCAAAGUUCCAUGCAGCAUUUAAGUCCUUGGCUCUUGCUUGUCCUGUCUGCUGUUCCAGGCAGGACAGUGUUAAUUUCUCUCUCUCCUUAUACGGACACUCCUUCAGGCCAGAUGCUUUCCUGUGUGUGUACUGGCUUAGGUUCUUGGUGAAGCUCCAACUACUGGGCAUUAUCCUGGGCUUGAAGAGACCUGUAGUCCUUGGUGCUAUUGCCUGUGGUCAGGUUGAGUGUAAUAAGUGAAAAAGCUACACAUACUGUUGUGUGGGGAGUACAAAAUAAUUCUGCAACAGAAUAAAUUGGAAAAGUAAUCUUAGUAGCAGAUCUUGGAUCUGUAUUGCAUCCUAAAUUCAGAGUGCCAAAAUAUGAAAGCAAGGAUAUAUUGGUGAAUAUAAAAAGCUAAGGUACUAAGAAUAUGUUUUUGUUGUUAGAAUAAACUUGUAUUGGUCUCUCUACCUCAGUGCUGGGGUAGACUAACCCAGAAUCUAGAUUAUGUGCCAUAAACAAUGCUGUAUAUACUAUUGGAGAGAUUUGUAUAACCCAGAAUAUUUUGAUACAUUCACUGGCCAUUCUGAAAGAAGGCAAUCUUGUUUAAAAGCCUUUAAGCAAAGUUCACUGUUAGGUUGAAAUAGGUUUUGUAACACUACUUACCUUUCCACCGCUGAUUAUCCUGUUGUGUACUGUUUCUCCACCUGUGUCUGAGAAACCCUAAACCAAUGCUAAUAGCAACCUUUAAAACUGAUACAAUGUUUGACUGAGAAGCUUUUACAAUGUAGAGGAUACUUAGGGGUACAAUUUGGAAAAAGUAAAAGAUUCUUGUUUGUUCUCCUAUAUGUGUGCCUGCUCUCAACAUUUUUUACUGUACUUAAUGGAUCAAUAUUUGAUGAUAAUCAUGCAAGGGUGAUGAAAAAUCAACAGUGACACUGUUCCAAAUUAGGCAGUAUAGCUUACUCAUUCUAAAAUGCCCUUUUUUAUAAGCCUGAAGUUAAUUUCUGUCCUAAGAAUCAUUGGUUCACAUGAAAUCUAAUGAACAGGCCCUUAUGGAGUGUUAUUUUUUUCAGCGUUUUUUGCAAGUGCUGAUUUUAGUACUUAUCAAAUAAAGAUUCAUGUUGCCCUAGUGUACGGCUGUCAAACUCCUGGCCCGUGGGCCAGAUAUGUCACGUGCUGGCCACGCCCAUGCCUGGUUUAGUGAAGGGGAAAAAAGUCCCAAUGUCACAUGAUGCCGCCCUGCCGAUGUGAGUUUGACACCCCUGCCCUAGUGACUUUCUGAUGGUGGUGCAUUUUUGAAUAGCCAUGUGCCUUCUAAACAGGAUGUACAGUUAACUGCUCUACAUUUUGAGUGUGAUUAUCUGCAGUUUUCUGAAUGAGUAGGUAGCAGAAUUGUUUGCUAAGACUAAUUAAGGCUUCAGUAGUCUCAGCUUGCUACAGGACUAGUGUUGUAGACAUUCAGGUAGUCCUUGACUUACAAGUACGAUUGGGAUUGAUUUACGGUCAUAAGUUAUCAUGGUUGUAAAUGGAGGCAUUCGAUGACUACUCAAUUUUACAUUUUUUGUGGUCAUUAAGUAAAUCACCACCAUCAUUAUACAAAUUGUUAAGUGAACACUGGUCAUAUUAACCUGUUCCUCAGCAUGAGUGUUUUUGCAGGGAAAAUUAGCAAAUUGAGAUGACUCUGGGAUAUUGCAGUUGAUCACAAAGUUGAGCCAGUUGCCUAGCACCCAAAAUAUCAUGUGACUAAGGCUGUAUAUGGCAUAUUUUGUGAUGGGCAGACAUGCCCAACAGGCCGUAAAGAACCUAUUCCAGGCCCAAAUGAUCAAAUGAUCCUAAGUCAGGAACUACCUACAUGAAAUCCAUGAGAACUCUUAUCACAUAUGGGAAGAGAAGUGUUUACACCUCCUUGGGCACAAGCAACUUCACUAAGCUAUAACUAUGGAUAGAUUUCAUAAGAUAACUGUAAUAGGCUACACUUCAAAAUAAGACUGAAAUAUUAAUGCUUUAUUUGCCCUAUUGAUGAAGGACCAACUCAUGAAUCUUUAUUAAAAUGUAUUUUAUUCAUGUAAUCUGAAUUAUAACCUUACUGCAUCAUUUUAUUAAAUUUGUACACUGCCCGACUCCC